AUGUCGUCCAAUCCGCGUAGGACACCGGUGACUCGUGCGGAUUCGAGGGGGUUGACCCUCAAGACCAAUGCGGUCCUCAAGAAGGGCGCGACCUUCCACUCUCCUACUACCCCCUCUGACUCUCCUGAACGUGUCUUCCGCCCUCCUCCACUUCCUAGUCGCUCGCACACGAAUCUUGACGAUGUCAUCGACGCCCAUCGCCGUCGCGUUGCUUUGACCAUUGAGGACAUUGACAAAGUCCUGUCCGGUCUUACCACCAAAGACGACUCGUCCCCUUCGGCCCUCAAGAGUCUGCGUGACGACAGCCUUCCUCUCCCCCGCGUGCUUUUGCAUCAUACUCUUGACGCCUAUAUGGGCAAGGAGCAGCCCGAGCGCCGUAUCAUCCGCCCUCGCUCCCCUCGCUCUUCUCGUCAUCACGACUCGGACAGUGGCCUGGGCACUUCUGUUCCCUCGACCCCUGAAAAGGAAGCUGAGUUCAAGAAGUCGGUCAAAACCUCUGCAGUCACUCGGUCUGCGACCCGCACUGCCGCUGGUGCCUCUCUCCCUGGCCUCAGUGCUCGCGCAACCAACCGCAUCUAUGAGCAUACUCUGAAGCCUCUUCUCGCCAAGUCUUUCUUCAAGGACUUCCAUCCCUUGGUCCUUGAAUGCCCGAAGAAGAUUCGUGAGAAACAGAUUGUUUGCCUGCGUGACGUUGAGAAGACCUUGCUUCUUGUGGCUCCGGAGAGGGCCAAAACUGCUGGGCUCUAUCUCGAUUUCUGCCAGGCUACUAUCCGAUGCAUCCAGGCGACGGUUGAAUACCUCAGUGAUCAGGAGCAGAUCCGGCCAGGCGAUGUGCCAUACAGCAGUGGCUACUUCCUGGACCUGAUUGCCCAAAUCCACCGUUACGCACAACAGCUUGCUGAGGCCAAGGAGAAGGGUGACGAAGGCGACACGGAUCUUGAUGCCACCGACGAGAUUAAGCUCCACGGCGGCAUUCACAUCAACGGUCGCCCUGCUGAGCUUGUCCGUGUCAAGAAGAACGGCAAGAUGAUCUCGCUGGCCACCGGUGAGACUAUUGAGAAGCUGGAGGAGGAGCCUAACCCAUCGAUUGGGUUCAAGCGCUCUGCCAGCCAAGAGCUGGCUGACGAGGAGGAAAUCAUGCGAUCGAUGGCUCGGCGCAAGAAGAACGCCAGCCCGGAGGAGCUCGCUCCCAAGAAGUGCCGUGUGCCUGGCUGCGGUAAAGAGUUCAAGCGCCCCUGCGACUUGACUAAGCAUGAAAAGACCCACUCUCGUCCGUGGAAGUGCCCUGUCACCACAUGCAAAUACCAUGAGUACGGCUGGCCGACCGAGAAGGAGAUGGAUCGUCACAUCAACGACAAACACGCGGACAAUCCGCCGAUGUUCGAAUGCUACUUCAAGCCGUGCCCGUACAAGUCGAAGCGUGAGUCCAAUUGCAAGCAGCACAUGGAGAAAGCUCACGGUUGGACCUACAUCCGUACCAAGACCAACGGCAAAAAGUCCAAUGCCAGCGUUGCCGGCAAUAACAAGACCAAUAGCUCCCCUCAGAACAGUUCUACUCAACCUACUCCCCAGCUCCAGAACAUUCCCACUCCUCCAAGCGAGCCCACUCCCAGCGUGGCUAGCCCUGAUGAUUGGAGUCGCAUCUAUGGGAGCAAUUUGGAUUUCCCUACUUACGUGCCCAAUGAUGCCGAUUUCACCAUGAUCCCACAAGAGCUUACGCUUGAUCUGUCGCCAAUUGACCACUCCACGCCGUUUGACAGCCCUACCCCGUUGGACAAUCCUACUCCGUCUACCGAUGCGGGUGUAGACUUCAACUCGGCCUACCAAGACAUUCCAACCGACUUUACCCUCUUCGAGGACAUAUACAGCGCCCCGGUCCAAUUGCCUACGCCUCCUCCUCUCGUUAAUCUCUACAAGGAGCCGAUCCCGCAGCUCGUUCCCUUCACUGGGGCUGAUCUCUGCCAUCCUCAACCGGUUCCAGAGCUUUCGCCUGUUGGGCAAGGGAGUGCCAUGCUGUUUACUCCGAGCUCCCUAGCGGAGGUUGACGAGGGAUUUGACGAGUGCAAUGACAUUGUAAUGGGCAAUGCAAUAAAUGGCGGCGAUUUCAUUCUCUUCCCUAACGGCGGAGCUCGAGUUUCAAAGCCCCUGUUCCCUGAGCCUCUCUUCGCGACGGCUGAUGUCCCUAGCAUCUCGGCUGGCUUCUCUCAGCCAUCGUCCCAGGACGUCCUGAACGCCCUUGGCAUGGAAUGGUCCGUCCAUGACUUUAACAACUACCUCCGGAAUUAA